AAGAUAAUCGGAAAGACAACCAUAUUUCCUUAGGGAAUAUUUAUAAAGCUUUCUUGGAGUGAAUGAACAUUUUUAUCCUCCAUGGGAGGGUGAAGUAAGGAAUGCUGCUUAAGGGCUUGGCUCCUCCCUUUAGCGGUAACGGGUUCUAAGCCGAACACCUGGUUUCUCCAGCUUCAGUGGGGGAAGGCGGGGUUACCGCUCUGUUCGGCCUGCAGGGGACUGCAUUUCCCAAUCUGCUUUUCCCCCGCCGCUGUCCUUUCUUGCUUUUACUUCCCGUCGGGCGUGACGGGAAUUGUAGUUCCUGGGAGAUACCUAUGGCACUUCAUUGACCAAUGAGAGGGGACAACCUUAAAUGAUUGGAGUUUGGAGCGGGGAACAGGUUGCAAGUGUGCGGCGAAUCCUUUUUGCCACCCUAACAGAAGAGGAAGGCAUAAAAGAGAAGGGUAGUCAGAGAAGAGUUUUCUCAGAACGCCGCAGGGGUUUUAGAUUCCUGGUAUUUGAACUCUCUUACUUUCAGUUUGUCUCUUUGAAGUCACUUCCGCCUUGGGGCGGACGCAAGCCAAACCUGUGGCGGGAGUUGGAGAUACGGCUGCGAAUACACCAGGAUCAGGAUGCCUAAAGUUCAUAAGAUAAAAAAGUCUCUUACACCUCAGAUUUCUUGUUUGACAAAUGAAGAUUCUUAUAAACAGUUGGAUUUUUUGCCUGACAAACUAAGAGCAAAGCUGCUUCCUUUCCAGAAAGAUGGUAUUGCUUUUGCCCUCAGAAGAGAUGGCAGGUGUAUGGUAGCUGAUGAAAUGGGUCUAGGAAAGACAAUCCAGGCAAUUGCAAUUGCUUACUUCUAUAAGGAGGAAUGGCCUCUUUUAAUAGUGGUCCCUUCAUCUUUGCGAUAUCCCUGGAUGGAAGAAAUAGAGAAAUGGAUCCCAGAGCUGGGUCCAGAAGAUAUCAGUGUUAUUCAGAAUAAAACUGACGUGGGGAGAAUAUCAACCAGCAAAGUGACAGUUCUGGGUUAUGGUCUUUUAACCGCAGAUGCAGAGACUUUGAUAGAUGCAUUGAAUAAUCAGAAAUUCAACAUAGUUAUAGUGGAUGAAUCACACUACAUGAAGUCCAGGAACGCAACCCGCAGCAAGAUUUUAUUGCCAAUAGUACAGAAAGCCAAACGAGCCAUUCUUCUUACAGGAACUCCAGCUUUGGGAAGGCCUGAAGAGCUUUUCAUGCAGAUUGAAGCUCUCUUUCCACAAAAAUUUGGAACAUGGACGGAGUAUGCCAAAAGAUACUGUAAUGCACAUAUCAGAUUUUUUGGUAAAAGGCCUCAGUGGGAUUGUAGAGGGGCAUCAAAUUUGAAUGAACUUCAUCAGCUAUUAAGUGACAUAAUGAUCAGAAGAUUGAAGACUGAUGUUUUAACCCAACUGCCCCCUAAAGUCAGACAGCGUAUUCCCUUUGAUCUUCCAUCAGCAGCUGCCAAGGAAUUGAAUACCAGCUUUGAAGCGUGGGAAAAAUUAAUGAGAGCUCCAAAUUCAGGUGCCACCGAGACUGUCAUGGGGUUGAUUACCCGCAUGUUUAAACAAACUGCUAUUGCCAAGGCAGGUGCUGUAAAGGACUAUAUUAAGAUGAUGCUUCAAAAUGAUUCACUUAAGUUUCUGGUUUUUGCUCAUCAUUUAAGCAUGCUCCAAGCUUGCACAGAAGCAGUCAUAGAAAACAAGGCUCGCUACAUUAGGAUAGAUGGAAGUGUUCCAUCUUCAGAAAGAAUACAUCUAGUUAAUCAGUUUCAAAAGGAUCCUGAUACUCGUGUGGCUAUCCUAAGCAUUCAGGCUGCUGGCCAGGGUUUGACAUUUACUGCUGCAACUCAUGUUGUAUUUGCUGAGUUGUAUUGGGACCCUGGACAUAUAAAACAAGCAGAAGACCGGGCUCACCGAAUUGGACAGUGCAGUUCUGUGAAUAUUCACUACCUUGUUGCAAAUGGGACUCUGGACACCCUUAUGUGGGGGAUGUUGAAUCGAAAGACACAAGUUACAGGGAGUACAUUGAAUGGUAGGAAGGAACAACUUCAGGCUGAGGAAGGUGAUAAGGAAAAAUGGGAUUUCCUGCAGUUUGCUGAAGCUUGGAAUCCAAAUGAAAGCUAUGAAGAGCUCAAGAAUGAAAUUUUGUUCACUCACUUUGAGAAAGAAAAACAGCAUGAUAUUCGAUCAUUCUUUUUACCGAAACCUAAGAAAAGACAGUUGGUGACCUCCUGUGAUGAAUCAGGGAUAUUCCAAGAGAAAAAUACCGUUGUGCCAGCAGACCCUGGAAAAAGAGCCACAAGACAUAUUGAGUAUGAAAGCAAUGUUGAACCUGAAGCUAAAAGAGUGAAGUCAGUCACCACCAAUGACCACUGCAGUGCCCCAGAGGAGAAACCAUCCCGGCCCAGGCAGACCUCGGCUCUAGCCCAGGCAACCAGCCCAGUCCUUCCUGGAAAGGGCUGGCAGUGUGUAUUCUGCACCUAUAUCAAUAACUCAGUGUUACCUUGUUGUGAAAUGUGUGAGAAUCCUCCAGGCAGAGCUGAUAGCCUCAGCUCUACCCAGGAUAAAAAUGAAAAUGAGAAAGGUGAUCCUCAGAAAGACACUUCCAAAAACGUUUGGACUAGUUCUGACUCUGAAAAACGAGUCCUUGCACCCUCAGAACCUAACCCGUUGGCUGAAAGCAAGGAAGAAAUAUCAGAAAUCAAGAGAGAAGAUGGACUCACACCCCAGCCAGGUGAUGAACAGUUGAAGAGUUCAGACAACUUGCCAGUGUAUGAUACCUUAAUGUUCUGUGCAAGUAAGAAUACUGACCGGAUUCACCUCUAUACUAAGGAUGGAAACCAGAUGAACUGUAACUUCAUUCCUUUGGAUAUAAAAUUAGACCUUUGGGAAGACUUACCAGCAAGCUUUCAGCUGAAACAGAAUCGCUCCCUGAUUUUGAGGUUUGUUCGAGAAUGGAAUAGUCUAACUGCCAUGAAGCAAAAGAUAAUCAGGAAAAGCGGGCAGCUCUUCUGCAGCCCAAUUCUCGCUUUGGAAGAAAUCAUAAAGCAACAAACCAAGCAAAAUAGUACUAAAAGAUACAUUACCAAAGAAGAUGUUGCUGUAGCCUCACUGGACAAGGUGAAGAAGAAUGGGGGCCAUGUCCGUCUGAUCACGAAGGAGUCUGGGCCACGGGAACCUUCUACACAAAAGUUCCUUGAUGAUGGAGUGUGUGUCCCAUUUCUAAAUCCCUGCAUAGCCCAAGCUGAUCUCACUGGGAAGCCUUCUAUAUCCAAAGGCUAUCUGCAAGCUGUGGAUAAUGAAGGAAACCCACUUUGCCUUCGCUGUCAGCAACCCACUUGCCAAACUAAGCAAGAGUGUAAAGUGAACGCUUGGGAUUCACGGUUUUGCUCUCUGAAAUGUCAGGAAGAGUUUUGGAUUCGAUCUAAUAACAGUUACCUGCGAGCCAAAGUAUUUGAAAUUGAACAUGGUGUGUGUCAGCUAUGUAAUCUGAAUGCACAGGAACUCUUUUUACGUCUGAGAGAUGCCCCCAAAAGUCAGAGGAAGAAUCUUCUGGACAUUACCUGGAUCUCAAAGCUCCCAUUGGAACAGCUUAAUGAAAUGAUAAGAAAGCCAGGAGAGGGGCAUUUCUGGCAGGUGGACCACAUCAAGCCCGUGUCCGGUGGAGGAGGACAGUGCUCUCUGGACAACCUGCAGACGCUGUGCACAGUGUGUCACAGAGAGAGAACUACCAGGCAAGCUAAGGAAAGAAGCCAGGGGAGAAGACAAUGUCUAGCGUCAAAGCAUGGAUCAGACAUCACAAGAUUUUUGGUGAAGAAAUGAAGUGUAAAAAGUUUUGAUGGAUGACAAAUGGUUUACAUGUGGAGGAACUGAAACCUUUUUUCUCAUGUUUCUCAGAUUAAGCGUGAACAUUUUUAGAGCAAAAAAAUCAAGAAUUCAACUUGCCCUUUCACAGUAUAUGCUCUUAGUGUCUAAUACCUUUUGAAAGUACUUAACACAAACUGAGAUACAAUACUAAAUAUUUCUGUGAUCUUCUUGAUUUCAGGCAGGCUCUCAAUUAUGUUUCAGUGAGGUUUUGUUAAGCUUUCAUUUCCCCCUGCAGUACCUUAAUCAUGGUAUUAUGCAUAGACUGUGUUUUAAAAAUAUACUCUCAAUUACUUGGGAAAUGCUUCUGGAUUAGUAUUGCUUCUGAACUGCUGUGUGGAGAUGCAGAACACUGGAAAACUGCAUGGGAAAUUUCAGAGGCAAAUCAUUCAGGAAUUCGGGAUCAAGCAUGACCUUCCUGGUUAGUAUGCAAGAGAGACUCUUGUUCUCUGACUGCCUCCAAAAUGGGCUUCGGGUACACAUUUUGAGUGUUGCCCUAUUUGUUUUAUUUCUUAGCACAUUGUCUUUAUUGAAAAGAUGCUUCUGAAAAUAAGCUAAUUGGAACUAUGGUGUUGGUAGAAGAUUUGGAGUUCUAGAUAGCAAGUAAUUGUUAAAACUAUUUAAAAACUGAAAACAUAAAAUGUAAAAUGUCACUAAACUUCAUUUUUCAGUUAGUUGGUUAGUUUAUGUUAAUGCAUAAAACUAGGUUCACUGUCCAAGC